CCUUCGUCUUCGUUGCGAGCAGCGCCAACCUCCCCUUGCCUCAGCCACCAUCGUCGAGCUCCGGAGCGACUGCCAGCACCAAAUUCCACCAUCCUUCCUCGAUCAAGAGGGCAGAUUCACAUCACUGCUUACUCAUUGAUGAACUGGAUAACUGACAUGGAUCUCAGAGAUGGAGGCCAGUUCUGAGGGCUGUGGGGUCGGUGCCCAAGGUGUGUGAUAGGAGUCCUGCCGCUGUCGUAGAAGUCAUGAGCUCCUUAUCCAGUCUGUAACUUCUGCUCUUGUCGUCUCCAUUUGAAAGCAUCAGCUGUGGAGUUGCCAUUUGGAAGUAUUGCUGAUUGAAUCAGCGAGGACCUUUGUUUUUGAUAGGUGCCCUUCCUGUGAUUCAACAGACAAGUAAAACGCCAUGGCGGCCGCUCGUAGCUGGGAUGAUCUGCUUCAGCAGAGUCAGAUGCUUGUAGCCCAGGGGUCUGGGGCUGAAACACAGUUCCCACAUAUUGAAAGAAGCCUCGAUCAGCUGGAGGCGAUAUCGAGACAGCUGAAGGCUCGGACAACACAGAUUGACUCAACGGCAGAAACGACAGCUGCAACCAGGCUGCUUGCCCGUGAGGGGAUCGAUGCAGAACGGCUGACCAGGGAUCUAAGGACCUUCGAGCUGAAGACAACCUUUGAGGACAUAUGUCCUGUUGAGGCCUCAACUGUUGAAGAAUACCUGCAGCAGCUGCAUGAAAUGACAAUGCUGUCAGCAAUCCAGGAGUCGCAGAAGGAGACACUUCAGAGUUUUGAGGAUUACAUCAGCCAUGUGGCAGAAGCAGAUUGGCAGAGGGAGAAGCGUAACUUCCUUCAAAGCCUGAGCCGUCUUCCAUCGCUUACUCCAGGGGUAGCCUCAACAGGAAUAGGAGGGAUCACGGAUGGGGGAAGUGUUCGCUACUCGGAAGAGGCUAUGUCGACUGGCUAUCAGGGAGCACCUUAUGGUGCUCAGUCUUUACAGAGUCCAACUUCGAGAGGGAUGGGAACGGGAGUAAGAGGUCUUGCAGUGGCAGCCAGCGGAAUGGUGGAGCAGAGUAUUCUUGAGCGAAAGGUGGCAGCCUAUGCUGCAGUUGUUGAGCGAGUGAAUGCAGCGCAUGAGAGCAACCAAGACUUCAAGGUAGCAACAGCUUUCAAGGAGGCAUACGAGUUUAGUGUUGGAGAGCCUGCAGGUACUCGUUCAGUCACAAUGCUGAAGAUAUGGCGGCUUCUGCAAGCAAUGCUGGAAGGAGAAGAGGGAGGAGGAGGAGGAGGACGAGGAGGAGGGGGAGGAGGAGGAGGAGGAGGAGGUAGGAGAACUUUUGCGGAUCUCCCAAGGAAGAUGCAGAUGGUGAUCGGGGCCAGAAAGCAUUUGGAGAUGGGACACGAGAAGCACUUGCUGGAUCUGAUUCAAAGUCACGCAAACUGGGCAGGGCUUGGAGGAUCCACUGGGAAUCUUCAGAGGGUACGAGCGUUCCUUCGUGUACGUCUGCAUGAUCAAGGGCCGCUUGAUUUCGAUGUUAAGGACUCUCAACGUCAACCUCCUCUUGACACAACAUGGCACCAGAUUUACUUCUGUCUCCGAACAGGGUACUACGAGGAAGCCAGGAGCGUUGCACAAGCUUCACGUGUCAGCCGUCCGUUUGCCGGCCAUCUUGGCGAGUGGAUUGACCGCGGUGGUGCAGUUACUCCUGCAACGGCCGCAGCUGUAACGGAAGAAUGCGAACGCAUGAUCAGGACAGGGGAGAGGCAUGGCAAGCCAGGUUAUGACAAACAACGUAUGCUUCUUUACGUGAUUGUGUCCGGAAGCCGAAUGCUUGGUGAGAGGCUUUUGGCUCAGAUUCCGGGACUCUUCCGUACCAUUGAGGAUUUCAUGUGGUUUAAGCUGGCUCUUGUGCGGGACGCGGCAGCAUAUGGCUGUCCUGGAAGUGGACCGGAGGGGGGGGGAUCGCUGUUGCUCGGUGGGGAAGGGCGUACCUUCCUGUCCACAUCUUCCUCAUCGACGGCCUUUGUCUCCACAGCGGCGCCAUCAGCUCCUGAGCCCUAUACGUUGGACCAGUUGCAGAUCUAUCUACGUCAGUAUCCCGACUCAUACUAUACAAAGAACGGUAGGGAUCCACUUGUCUAUCCUUACGUGCUUCUUUUGAGCUUGCAACUGCAUGCCUCAAUUGUCUACCUGUUCAAGGACCACACCUCUGAGGACUUCCGCGUUGAUGCAGUUCACAUAGGCGUUGCAUUGGCGGAUUGUGGGGUUCUCAAUGAGGGUCCGGAGGUUGAACGAGGGCAGAUCAGCCUGGUCACAACAGAUGCUGUCAGUGAUAUUGCCAGCAUAAUUCGGCAGUAUGGGAUGUCAUUUGCAAGAGCUGGUGACCUGCAACAUGCACUGGAGUACUAUGUGGCAGCCGCGACUGCCAUGGGGGGUGGUGCAGCGUCCAUGACUGGGCAAGCAACUCGAGAACAGCGAAAAGACAGACAGGGUAUGCUUGAGGCUUGUUUGCGUGAGCUGCUGCAGACCUACUCUGGGGUUGCGCUUUUGCUUGGGCAAGCAAUGGGGGUGAGUGAGGGGCAGUUGCGUCGGUUUGUUGAAGACGAGAGUUCACGGAGAGAACUGGUCAUCUCUGCUGCCAGAGAAUGCCAAGAUAGGGGGCAAUAUAACGAGGCCAUUGAGCUGUAUAAGAGAGCUGGUGCAUUUGGGUCAGCUCUGGAGAUAGUGAACAGAAAGUUUUCUGAAGCAGUGGGCGCUGUUGUGAUGGGGAAGAUGGAGGGUGAAGGGAGGGCUUCUGUCAUGCGACAGGUUGGCAAUCAAAUUCUUGACCUGCACAAGACCCUUGGAACUGGGCUGGUCCCGGAUCGGGAAAAUGUUGCCGAUCAGCAUGCUGCAUUCCGACAGCUUGAAGCAAUCACAGACUUCUAUAGGUUGUACAGCCUUGGAAAGUACGGAGACGCUGUGCGGGAGGUUGCACGACUGCCCUUUCUUCCAUUUGAUGGCCGAAGCCUGGAGAGGUGCGAACAGAACUUUCGGCAUGUGUCAAGGCCAGUAGAGGAUAGGCUUCCUGAUGUACUAGCAGCUGUCAUUAGCUGUCUGGAAGGUAUGGAGCAGACAGGAUCAGAUGCAUAUGGGAGUGUGCGGUCUCUCAAAGUCAAGAUCGCCAACUUUGUUGCAAAUUCUCUGCCCCGCAAUUGGCCACAGAGCCUGUAUGAACUAGUCGCACGGAUGCAUGCGACUCCUGGAAGAUGAUCUCAUCCCGUUCCUAACACUUUUUUGCCAGCGUUUCCCCAUUCUUGUCGUCUUCUGCUGAGGACAUAGCUCACGAUUGCCUCUUUUUCGUUCAGAGUCUCCAGGGUGGAAGGACUCUGGAGCUUGCAGCAUUUUGGCCUUUCCUUCCUAGUCUCCAGGGUGUACGCGGACUCUGGAGCUGGUCCCCCCUUUAGAAUGGUUUGUCUUUGUUUCUGUGCAUUUGUUUA